AGUAAGUCCUUGUAAAUAUAUAUUCGUAAAAAGAGAGGUUAAUAUCACAACAAUUAAGUAAUUCAAGUAACAAGGUGUUUUUCAAACAAUAACAAUGAAUCCAACUAAAUCAAAAUUAUCAAAGAGUAUUUUACAAAUGAAGUUUAUGAAGAGGACAAAAGAAAAAGUUGAAAAACAGAUGAUAGAGAAAGAAGGAGAAGAAUAUUUCAGUGGUCAACUCUCAAUUCAGAUGAAAAAUGAAUCAGAGAAAUUUAUCAUUGAGCCCAGUUACGUGUUUUGUGAAAAAUUGAUUGAUGGUAGACUGAGUUUCCAGGGUAUGAAUCCUGAAUUAGAAAAAUUGUUAGAAAUAGAAAAUGUUGAUAAGCAGAUAGAAUUGGAGAAAAAACAAGAAGCAGAUGUAACAGAUGAACAAAUGGUAAAACAAUGGAUAAAUCUUAGAAAAAAGAAGAACAAAUUUAAAAGAACAAAAAAAAUAAAAAAUAAUAUUAAUCAACCUUUGAAUAAAAAACCAAAAUUUUUA